GCCACCCCGCGUCUUCCCCGUCGCCUCCCCCGGGGCGGUAAAAUAAAUAACAGAUAGCGCUAAAUGCUGCUUUUGUUGAAGCCCUUCUUAUUUGUUUGUUUAUUCCUUCUAGCUAUUAAUCUUUUUUUUCCCCAGAACAGCCCAUGUUAAUUUUUAAGUAAAACUUAUGUGGUACCUGCAGCACACUGCUCGUGAUAGACUUUUUUGUUAGAGUAGGUAAUGGUAAAGCUUACAGGCCUUGUCUGUGUUUCCAAACACCUCUGUACAUACGUAUAAAAAGUAGUAAGGGGGCUGGGGUUUUUGUCACUAGUGAAGAAACAUGGCAAACUGGUAAGGAAACUAAUUUAUGUACUGGCUGGGUAGCAACCAGCCUAAAAAACCAGGUAGGGCAAUAAACUAAGAAAGCAGGUGAAAAGGCGAGCGCAGGCCAUCUGAGAUGCCGAGAGCGCCGGGGAAGGCCAGGCGGGAGCGCGGGGCAGCCCCUGGCGCAGGGAGCGCUUGGAGGAAGUAGCUGAAGGCGAGUCGGGUGAUGCCCUGUUUCCUCCUGAGCAGGAGGAAGGCAUGAUACCAUUACAAACACCGCUCCGCUGACAGAGCAGCCAACAUGUCUCGGGAGACCGCAAGUGAAGCGCAGCAGUCUCAAGGCGCUCCACAGUCGCAGAGCGGUACCAGUUCCGCUUCCAGCGGGUCGCAGAGCACUAGUCAGUCUUCCUCAGGCUCUGGGACGCUCAGUUCUUUGGACACCGUUCCCACUCAGGAGCUCCCAUCGAUUCCUGAGGAUCAGGAAUCUGAAGAGCUGGUUCCUCAGCCUUGGGGUCGUCUCUUCGCACUUGGAAAAGGUUUCAGCAACUGUGACUGCGUGAAUGAUGAGUACUGGUUUGGAAGAGACAAAAGCUGUGACUACAGUUUUUCUAAACUAGGAUUGUCUGAGACUGGCUUUUACCAAAACUAUAGUAAGAAGCACUUCCGAAUUUUCAGGGAAAUGGGUCCAAAAAACUCCUAUGUUGCCUACAUUGAAGAUCACAGUGCAAAUGGAACUUUCAUUAACAGAGAGCUCAUUGGGAAAGGGAAGAGGCUUCCACUGACUCACAACUCUGAAAUUGCACUAUCUGUACAGACUAAUAAGGUGUUUGUAUUUUCUGAUCUUAUGGUGGAUGAUCAGUUGGGGUUUCCUAGAGAAUUCAGAGAGAAAUAUAUCAUGUCAAAGACUUUGGGAAGCGGCGCCUGUGGAGAAGUUAAACUGGCAUUUGAGAAAAGCACCUGUAACAAGGUUGCGGUAAAGAUAAUCAAUAAACGGAAGUUUAUGGCAAGUGGUAUUAGAGAGGCAAACCCAGCUUUUAAUAUCAAUACAGAAAUCGAGAUUUUGAAGAAAAUAAAUCACCCUUGCUUAAUCAAGAUCAAAAACUUCUUUGAAGCAGAGGAUUACUACAUUGUUUUGGAACUGAUGGAAGGAGGAGAAUUGUAUGACCGAGUGUCAAGACCAAUCAAGAUGAAAGAAGCUACUUGCAAGUUGUAUUUUUAUCAGAUGUUGCUGGCUGUAAAGUAUCUUCAUGAUAAUGGAAUUAUUCACCGAGAUCUAAAGCCGGAGAAUGUGCUACUUUCAUCUUCUGAAGAAACAUGUCUUAUAAAGAUUACAGAUUUUGGACAAUCCAAGAUUCUUGGAGAAACUUCUCUUAUGAAAACAUUAUGUGGUACUCCUACGUAUCUUGCUCCUGAAGUUUUAAAUUCACUUGGGACUGCCGGAUACAGCCGAGCUGUGGACUGUUGGAGUUUAGGAGUUAUUCUUUUUGUAUGCUUGUGUGGAUAUCCACCAUUUAAUGAGCAGAAUACUCAACUAUCUCUGAAAGACCAAAUCACUCGUGGAGAAUACACAUUUAUUGCAAAAGAAUGGAAGCAUGUAACGGACAUGGCUCUGGAUCUUGUAAAGAAGCUGCUAGUAGUGGAUCCAAGCAAACGUCUGACAACAGAGGAAGCCUUAGAGCAUCCCUGGCUUCAGGUGAUGUACGCUGCCUGCUUGGAAGGCCAACAUCCAAUAUGUUCAGUUCUAGAUAUCACACACCUUGAAUACUACCACCAAAAGAGCUACUUGAGUGCUGUUACUGAUGAGGAUAUGAAGAGUACAUUUCAACAGUUACUUGCUCAAGCAAGUGCCACUAUGAAUCCACCACAAACAUCAAAGAUGCCAACCACAACUAGAAAGCGCCUCCAUGAGAACGAGGAAGAAUCUGGCUCUUCUAAGCGCGCUAUUCCUUCUACAUCAUUUCAGAAAAUGAGGUGAAAAAAAGAAAAAGUGACUUUUGUUAACUGUAGCUUUACUAUAUGUAAAGCAGGCUUUUUAUU